GCCACAGGCCGGGCCCGCCCCGAGCCGCGCGGGACGCCUGUUAAAACCGCGGCUCGCCAGCGCCCCGGAAGCUGCCCCUUCUCGGGGGUCAUGAUGGGCAGCAAGAUGGCGUCUGCCAGCAGGGUCGUUCAGGUAGUCAAGCCACAUACUCCAUUAAUAAGAUUCCCUGACAGAAGAGACAAUCCUAAACCAAAUGUAUCAGAAGUUCUACGAUCAGCAGGACUGCCAUCUCAUACUUCUUCAAUUUCGCAGCAUUCUAAGGGAAGUAAAUCACCAGACUGGCUGAUGCAUCAGGGUCCACCAGACACUGCAGAGAUGAUAAGAACUCUACCUCAGAAAUACAGAAGGAAACUUGUGUCUCAAGAAGAAAUGGAAUUUAUCCAACGUGGAGGUCCAGAAUAAUCACUGAUAAUGUGGCUCCUAUUUGUCAUCAGAUAAAGAAGAGUCUUUCUAAAAAAGGACUUCCAGAAUGACAAAUGAAAAAUUGUAUAUUAAACAACUUUAAUAAAUAUUCUGUAAAAAGAAAAAAGAUGAAGUAUAGAAAGUUUAGAUGGACACUUAUAUCUCCUAAUUUAUGUAUCUUGGUCAGCUUCUCUAUAAGCUUACCUGAUUGUUUAUAUACUUUAUACCUUAAUUAAAGUAUACAUUUUAAAAUGUUA